CUUCACCUUCAGCAACAUCACCAACUUUCUCUUCCAUCCCAUCUUUCUUCAAGGAUAAAACAUCAACACUUUUUCUUCUUCAACUACUCUUCUCGUGAAACUGGAAAAGCAUCUCUCAUCUUUCUUUCGUGACUGUUCGUGCCUCUCGCACGCAACAUGUCUUCACCAACCUCUUCUCCAAUGUCUACUUCCAAAAAGCGCAAGUUUGACGAACGCCUGGCCGAGUCUAGCACCGCAAACGCCAAUGCACAAGCUUCAAGUGUCGUAGCUACUGAUCCCACCACCAUCACUGAAUCCGAGUCCAAGUCCAAGUCUGGGUCUGAGUCUGAAUCUGAGUCUGAGUCUGAAUAUGAAUAUGAGCCCGAGCCUGACGAGGGCCAGUCACCUCGCAAUUACCUUCCAAUAACACAAGGUGUCCGCUCUCCUACCCGGACCGUACCCGCUACUCGCGCCCGCCCAGUCAACCGGGCCAGCUAUUUUGCUGUGCCAGCUUCUCUUCGUCCUGCAAAUGUGCUCGGCAGGGUCAGAGGUCUUCUCCCUCCUUGGUUUCGCCGCCAGAGACCAGUUCAAAGGCCUCGUCCUCAGACACAGGUCAUUCUCGUGGGAUCUUUGAUCAAAUCUACGAAAAGGGUCGCUCUUGAUGUUUCUCGCCCUUCAGCUCAUCCAUUUGUACCUAAUUCACUCCCUGAGAGACCACGGCAAAGCAUCCAAGCGGGUCCAUCCAAUGCCCAGCUGCAACAUGAUGUUGUCAUGAAUGAAGCGGGUCCGUCAAAUGCCCAGCUGCAACAUGAUGUUGACAUGAAUGAAGCGGGUCCAUCAAAUGCCCAGCUGCAAAAUGACGUUGACAUGAAUGAAGUAGCUCUGUCAAACGCUCAGCUGCAACAUGAGUUCGACAUCGCUCAAGCCAGACCGUCCAACGCCCAGCUGCAACAUGAUGUUGACAGUACUCAAGCGGGUUCGCCAAAUGCCCAGCUUCAACAUGUUAAUGACAGUACUCAAGCGGGUUCGCCAAAUGCCCAGCUACAACAUGAUGUUGACAACACUCAAGCGGCUUCGUCAAACGGCCAGCUGCAACAUGAUGCUGACAGCGCUCAAGCGGCUUCGUCAAACGGCCAGCUGCAACAUGAUGCUGACAGCGCUCAAGCGGCUUCGUCAAACGGCCAGCUACAACAUGAUGCUGACAACACUCAACCAGGACCGUCAAACGGCCAGUUGCAACAUGAUAUUGACAGCGCUCAACCAGGACCGUCAAACGGCCAGUUGCAACAUGAUAUUGACAGCUCUCAAGCGGCUCCAUCAAACGACCAGUUGCAACAUGACAUUGAGCUCGAUGAUCGCAAUGAUUAUCUCGACGACACUGCAGGCACGCAAACCUGGUGGCGCGCUGCUGUCAACGAGGAGACGAGUGAUGAUGAAGCUUCCAUCAGGCCUUCAUUCGGACGUCAAGGUCAAGUAAUUCCUCACGUUCUCCCAGUCGCUGCCAUCUACAAGGCGGCCAGGCGCGAUGUUGUGAAGUCCCUCCAAAGCCGGCGUUGGCCAAUGGGCAGACCUACUGAGCACGCAAUCGAAAGCCGGCUCAAGGAUCGCAUCUUUCAAUUGAUUACUCGUAGGAGAUUGCUCUUGCCUGAUGAAGACAAUCCAGCAAAGCUGCGGCACAUUGAACAGAAACGCCUGGAGCGCAACGCAAGAAUCAUUGCAUCAUUUGGCAACGCGACCGAGAUGCGCAUCAAGCACUCUGUAGCUCACCGCCGUGAGUUUGUUGACAAACUAAUUGCAAAUGAAAAGAUCCGAUCCGACGAGCUUCUUGCAGAGGAAAAGAAGGUCCUCGGCUACCAUUGUUAUGAACAUUUCAAAGAGUUCAUCGAGAGCUGCGAUGACCAGAAAAUAGCUUGGAAGCCGAAAAACACGACUACAGGUUGCACCCAUCACUCCCGACGUGUCUGCUAUUUCCCAAAUUCCCAAGAACACUGUCAUCGUUGAAUCACAAUCCCAAGAUCUGUCGACACUCGAUGAUGCCCCCGAAGUCACACCAGUACAAGUUCGAAGAACCUCCGCUAGUUCUCGUCCUCGAGGUAUCCUCAAAAAGCAGACCCCACUUGUC